AUGUAACACGUUGGCCCAAAUGAAGCCGUAGAAAAACUGGUGUUCCUCUUUUCCAUUCAAUUUAAUUCUCUCCACCAUUUCAAACUUCCACACUUCGAUUUCCACUCUUCGUCGUCGUCUCCAGAUCUCGUCGCCGGAAAUCCCCGUUCGGUUUCGUCCUCAUUACUCCGAAAGUCCGAAUUCCAAUAGGCGCAGAGUGUCGGCGAAUCUCUGAAAUCGACCGGUGAUGAGUUACCGAAGGGAGCGUGCCUCCAAAGCAUCUCUUUUAGAUGGCCUUGAGGAAGGUGGUCUCAGGGCCUCCUCUUCAUACUCCGAUAUAAAUGAGCAGGACAAUGAAAAAGCUGUGCAAAGUUUGCAAGACAGAGUUGUUUUCCUAAAGAGAUUAACCGGUGACAUACAUGAAGAGGUGGAGAGCCAUAAUCGUUUACUUGACAGAAUGGGAAAUGACAUGGAUGCAUCAAGGGGUAUAAUGUCUGGGACAAUGGCGCGGUUUAAGAUGGUGUUUGAGAAAAAAUCAAGCCGGCGAAUGUGUGUACUUGUGGGCUAUUUUGUGGCUUUCUUCCUAAUCAUAUACUUUCUCUUCAGGGUUCGCAGAUUGUUUAUGCAGGGUUGAAGCAGCUUGCAGCUCCUGGUCUCAAAUUUGUUAUAAUGUCACAAAAUGAUUGGCCAUAUUAGUUAAGUCAUAUUGUCCAGUGUGCCUUACUCAAAGUGCAUAUGAAAAAUGAUUCCAAAGCCGAUCAGCGGCAGGAUUGUUUUUCAUGUAAUAUAGAUGUACCACAAAGGAUUGGACAGUAGGUCAUGUAGCUGGAGGUGAGCGGUUGCAUUGUGCCGUGAAUUGUGUCUUUGGUUACUGCAUCUUUCUAUCUAAAAGCUAGAACAGGUCGAAAGUGUAGAUGUGUACAAAUAUUCCUUAAAAUUGAUUAUGCAG